AUGCAAACGUGCCAAAAUUGCAACAUCAGUCUACUGAGCAUAGUACCGCCGCCAGAUGUCUCGCCCAUCGCCGGGACCUUACUCGCCACCAAUCUCCCUCUGGAGCCACACGAAGAGGCGAUCGCCCAGCAGGUCGUCGCAGCUUCGGCCACACGCGUCUCGCACCUAGAUGAGCAAAUCGACCAGCUCGAUGCGAAAGUUAAACAACUCAAUGGAAUGUUGGCGAACCUGAAAUCUCGUCGUGCAGAAUAUGAAGACCACGCACGACUGCACAGGAACCUCGCUGUUCGUCGUCUUCCACCCGACAUCUUGUUGGAGAUCUUCCGCGCCAUUAUAUGUGGUCAUCCGGACGACAUCUGGACAGUGGUCGAAGUUUGUCGGCUCUGGCGUGAGGUCGCGCUUGCCACACCUACGCUUUGGUCUACCUUUCCGUUCAAACGAGCAACGGAGACCACCAUCGUGUCGCGUCUAUCAAGGUCGCUGAAAUAUUCGCAGUCGCUUCCCUUUCAACUCACCAUCUCCUUCGACGCGCUAUCUUACCCAAUCUGCCCGCUCCAAGUCCUUGUAUCUCCUCACGCAAGACGCAUUUCCCAUCUCACUGUUCUUUAUCCCCAGCAAUUACAGUCGACGUUCUUUUUUCCGUCGACUACCGGGCAGCUGAAAUGGGAGUCGCUGAGCUCUCUUAAUAUCUACCAUUUGAACGCAUGCUCUCUGCAAACCCCCCCAACAACUGCAUUCCAGCAUUCGCCUCUCCUUCAGGACGUUCAAGUCACUAGUGUGGAGGGAACUGCCCUGUCUUUCAUGAAUGAACUCCGUCUACCCUGGGGUCAACUCCGCAAGUUCUCCGCAUUCCGAAUCACCCUCGAUUGUGCCCUGUCUAUCUUGCAGGCGGCCACAAGACUCGAAGAAAGCAGUAUCAAGUUGGCACCGCGGCGUUCCCUAGUCAGUGUCUUUAGUUUUUCGAGAUUCCGCCACCCGCUCUUGUCUAGGCUCCACAUUUCGACAAUUGACAAAUUAAUGGCUGAAUCUUUUAUCCACGCCAUGACCCUCCCGUCGCUUCGCCAGCUUUCCAUGGAUUCAUACAAUUUGGACCUCGCAGUCAUCUCCGACCUGGUCGAGCGGUCGUCUUGCAGCCUUAAUUUCCUCAACCUCCCUAGGUAUUAUUCCUCGAUCGUGCAUCCUGCCGCGGGCGUUCAUCGCCUUCUCUCACUUGUACCCGACUUGUCCGACCUCUGCCUUCCUUUAUCCAUCGAAUUUAUUCAGACUACGCUCAAAUUAGUGCCCUCGCUUGCCCCUCGGGUGCGCCACCUUUGUCUCGAAGGGACAUUCUGUAAGAUCGCCAUUCGUGAAGCGGCUUCGGCUUUGCGUGACGAAAGACUUGCCUGCCUGGAAACAUUUACAUUGCACUUUUCCCGAACAACACAAGACGACCCACCACUGACGGUUCCACAUCUGCAUCGAGGCCUUCAUUCAGAAUUUCUUCGGCAGUGGUGCAGUCAGCUUCAGCAUCUCGUUGAUUCUCUUUCGAUUGUGGAUGCGAGUUGCCUCGACAAUGAUCUAGACCGCAUGCUGUCUGCGAUUGAACCUCAUGCCAAUAUUCCUGCGGGAUAUCUGUGCGAAAAGGAAGGAGAGGCAGUCAUCUCCAGCCUCGAGACCAUAUCAACGCAACUUCCCGAUGAUCUUCUCCAACAUCGCGAGCGCAUUUCAGCGAUUCUCCUCAAAUGGUCGGCAUCUAUUUCGAUUUACUUGAAUGACGUCGGGUGGAUGCGACCUCCCAGUGGGAAUAGUGUUCUGGUGCAUGGACACCGCCAGGGGUUCUUACAUGUUGGAACGUGGCCUCGAAAUGAGGACCAAUUUGCUUCUUUUGCGCUACAGAACGGAUAUGUCACAGUCUAA